UUUCGGGACAGAGAUGAGUAUCUGAGCUGCGGGGGAAGAGAGUGGAGAUGAUCGAGGGUUUCUGCUAAAAGCCUGCUGUUGUUCUUAAUAUAUUUACAUCAGAUGGGACUUGAUAUGCAACCGGUUUCCCUCCUCUUCCUGUGACUAUUGGGUUUGUUAUUUAUCUAACAAGUGCAGAAAGAUGGUUUGAAGGGAACAGAGCAAACCUCCAAAGUGAAAGUCAACUGGAACUUGAUAGUGCGUCUGUACUGGUUGAAGAGGGAAAUGAAAUUCCUCCUUCCAUCCCUGAGUCAUCUGUAAUCGAGGAACUCACACCAGCUGAUAAUCAUGAAUGCCUCAUCAUUUGCCAACAACACCCCACUAUGCUACUCCAUCAACAGCCCUCCAUUCAGGCCCAUCCCCAACGCCUCGGCCUACUUCUCAUCCAUCUUCAGCGCCUUGGGUCUCACAUCAAAUUUAAUCGCCUUCGUAGUUCUACUCAAGUCCUUCCGGCGGACACACAGCCGCUCGCGCUCCUUCUUCAUGAUCUUCCUUGGUGGCCUGGUGGUUACUGACUUCAUGGGUCUUCUGGUCACCGGGUCCAUCGUGGUUUCAUACCACGUCACUCACUUUAAUUGGCGCAACUUAGAUCCAAACUGCCACUUAUGCAACUUCAUGGGUAUGUCUAUGGUCUUCUAUGGACUGUGCCCACUGAUGCUUGGUGCUGCCAUGGCCAUAGAGCGCUUCAUUGGCAUCAACCACCCAUUUGUACACUCCAGCAGCAUGCCCAAGAGCCGGACAGUGUUCAUGGUGCUGAUGGUGUGGUUGAUCGCAGGCUGCAUAGCUUUGCUGCCCCUAACGGGAAUCGGGAGCUACCACAUGCAGAUACCUGGAUCCUGGUGUUUUUUCAACAUCAGCUCUAAGGGGAAUGAUUUUGCCUUCUCCUUGAUCUUCUCUCUGCUCGGGUUGAUGAGCAUCGCUGUGUCAUUUUUGCUAAACACGGUGAGCAUUGUGACGCUAAUCAAGGUGUGCUGCGGACAGGGUAAGAACCAGCGCCGCAGAGAUCACGAAAUAGAGAUGAUGGUUCAGCUCAUCUUCAUCAUGGUCAUCGCUUCCAACUGCUGGUGCCCCCUUCUGGUCUUUAUUGCACAAACUGUGCUGUCCGGACGUCCUCUCCAGAUCAAAUACCUACUGCUGUGGCUCCGCUUCGCCACCUUCAACCAGAUCCUGGAUCCCUGGGUCUACAUCCUGUGCCGAAGAGCCAUGCUUAAAAGAGUCGCCCCCCGCAUCGACUGGUCUCGCAGCUCCAUCAUGUCUUUGCCCCCAUCUUUUGGCGACACCGUCCGAAGGUUUACCCGCUCAUCACUACGGAGCACCAUGAACCAGGAAACCGCAGGAGACCGGCGGAAAUCUGACCUCCCACCUCCUUCUCCGUGAUUGUUUGGAUUUGGGUUUUGCGGCCAGCUGAGUGAUAUUGUUGUGGAAACUGGAGGUGACAGUGUUUUCAAGCUCUGUGACCAAAAUACCAAUACUGUGACCAAAAUAAGAAACAGAAUAUGAACAAUUUGUAAUGUUGUUAUUUGUUUGCAUAGCACUGAAAGCUUUAGCAGUAUUAGCAAUGACACUUUAAUUUAGAGCAGUUUAUAGAAUACAACAGUGGCUGAUUGGAAACGUAUUCAAGUUUAAAAGAUGGAUACAAUCGGUCUCUGUAACUACAGAUAUGCACUGCACAUUCUAGGUGUACUGCUCCAUCAGAUGUGUAUUGUGAUAUAUGAGGUUUGAACAAUGUACUUUUUCUUGUAGGACAUUAUAUAUCUUAAGCUUGUACUUUGCUCAGUUGCUCUCUAGAGUGUCCCAUACAUUUGAGGAAUAGGUAUGUAGCUAGCUAUGAUUUAAGGUUCAUGCUAAAGUGUGUGUUCUAUUGUUAUAAGUGUUCACUAUAACUUAUAUAGAGGCUCUUGGAAAGGAUUGGACCAUGGACGAAUCCUGGCAACGUGUAGGUUGACUUGCUCUCGUUUAUUAAUCACCGAUGCACAACACGUUACAUCAUAAAGGUUCCUACCCUAUUUCAAACCGGAGAGACGUGAUGUAAGAAUUACAUAUUUAUUGUUUACACGUCAUAUGAAUGAAAUGAUUGCCAUGAUAAUACAACAGGAGAAUGUAAUGGUGUUUGUCGAUUAGGCCCCGGUUUGCAGGAUAAUCAUUCAGGAGGGAAAGAACCGCUCCGAUGAAAUCCCUGGGGUCUAGACACUGGUGGUGGUGAUGAGUAGGUGAGACCGGUCUGAAGGAGGAAGGUUUAGCUUUGUCCUGAAGGAGACGGGAGGCGAGAGGGGUGGAGGCGGGUUGCGUGUGAUCAUCUGCAAUGACAACUGACAGGGAGGAAGAGCAGGCAUUUAAGGAAUUUAGCAUGUGCAGCGAUUGGCUGCUGAGGGGUGACGCCCUCGUAUUUAAUGAGGGGGGAAGGGAGCCAUAGAGUGCCGUGUAAGUGACUCGUGUUAGGUCUUCCUUAUUGAACUUGCGCUAAAGCUUUCAUUAUGCCUGAUAUUACAGUGUGUAUUCGUGUUUUGUUCUUUUUCUGAAAGUAUUUACACUGAAACUGUUUGGAGACAACUUUGUAUGUUGAAGGAACUAUGACGGUGGAACAGUUGAUCCCCAGAGCAUCCAACAAUGAUCCUAAUCUUGUAGAAAAUAGUUUUGACUAAAUAGAAAUUUAGCUUAGGCCCCCUAAGAACUGUAUUCUUAAUAUAAUACUUGUUCUGAUGAUUCACUUUAUUCAAACCAAACUUUGCAGAUCUUGUAAUGAUCACUUGUAAUUUUACUAUAGAUUUGAAUAUGAUCCUCUGGCCACAUUAAUGUUUGACAGAAGAGAAAUAACUGCAGAAUAAAGCAAUGCCAAUGAGAAUGUGAUUAUCAUAACAAAGAUACAUAUUUAUGCAGAACUUGCAAAUGCAAAGUUUAUGUUGUGAAUGUUAGACACAUCUUUAGUACUUUAGCAAUUUGAAAUGUAAUUUGUUGUAUGAAUCCAAAUUCAGCCGGAUCAUUUGGGAAGUUAAAUUACAAACAUUGUAGCUGUAUUGUAAUAGAUUUAAAUGCACUAUAUUAUGGCUGUAUUUCAAUAUAAUGAAACUGAUUACAUUCUUUAUUUGUGAUUUCUAAUGUACCUACAUUAGUCACACUGAUCUUUUAUACAUUGUAUCACUCAUAUCAAUGUGCCACUAAAUCACCAAACCAAUAUAUAAUAACAGCUAAAAUGUGUUUUGCUUUAACUCCUUAUUUGUAUCAUCCGGUGUCAAUGAAGUGUACAUGUUGAAUGUGGUUGACAGAUGGCAUGUGAUUGGACAUAUAAAUAAAGGAUUAGUGAAAUGCGGAACAUCUGAAA